CCAUUUUGUUGCACUUUAAAGGAACACCAAGAAACCAUGAACAACUUUAGCAAUGAUAAAUUUAACUUCAAUUUCCUUGAUGAAGGCUUUACUACAAAGGAUAUUAUGGACCAGAAAAUUAAUGAAGUUUCUUCUUCUGAUGAUAAAGAUACCUUCUAUGUUGCUGACCUUGGUGACAUCCUAAAAAAACACAAAGCUCUUCCUCGAGUAACUCCUUUUUAUGCUGUUAAAUGUAAUGACAGCAGAGCUAUAGUGAAGAUACUUGCUACUAUAGGAGUAGGAUUUGAUUGUGCUAGCAAGACUGAAAUACAAUUAGUACAGAGCCUUGGGGUGCCUGCAGAGAGGAUAAUGUGUGCAAAUCCAUGCAAACAAGUGUCACAAUUUAAGUAUGCUGCCAACAAUGGAGUACAAAUGAUGACUUUUGAUAGUGAAGUAGAGCUAAUGAAAGUUGCCAGAGUGCAUCCAAAGGCAAAGCUUGUUUUAAGGAUUGCCACUGAUGACUCCAAAGCUGUCUGUCAACUAAGUGUUAAAUUUGGUGCCACUCUUAAAACUAGUAGGCUACUUCUUGAGCGAGCAAAGGAACUGAAUGUUGAUAUUAUUGGAGUUAGUUUCCACUUGGGAAGUGGUUGUACUGAUCUAGAAACCUUUGUCCAAGCAGUUUCUGAUGCCUAAUGUGUCUUUGACAUGGGGGUGGAGUUUGGUUUUAACAUGUAUCUUCUUGAUAUUGGUGGUGGCUUUCCUGGUUCUGAAGAUAUAAAGCUUAAGUUUGAAGAGAUCUCAAGUGUAAUCAAUCUAGAAUUAGACAAGCUAUUAAAUUAAAAAAAAAAGUAUUUUCCUUCUGACUCUGGAGGGAGAAUCAUAGCUGAACCAGGCAUAUAUUGUGUUGCAUCAGCUUUCAGGCUUGCAGUUAAUAUCACUGCCAAAAAACUUGCAUUAAAGGAACAGACAGGUUCUGAUGAUGAAGAUGAAGCAAAUGACCAAACCUUUAUGUACUAUGUAAAUGAUGGAGUACAUGAAUCAUUUAAUUGCAUCCUGUUUGAUCAUGCACAUGUUAAACCUAUUCUACAAAAGAGACCCAAACCUGAUGAGAAGUAUUAUUCUUCUAGCAUAUGGAGACCAACAUGUGAUGGCCUUAAUCAAAUUGUUGAAUGCUGUGAUUUACCAGAAAUGUAUGUAGGAGAUUGGAUGCUGUUUCAAAACAUGGGCGCUUACACUGUUGCUGCUGCUGCCACUUUUAAUGGAUUCCAGAUACCCACUAUCAAUUAUGUGAUGUCUGGGCCAGCAUGGCAAUGUAUGAAACAAAUCAAGAACCAAGGUUUUCUGGCAGAAGUAGAAGAUCAGGAUAUCAACACUUUGCCAUUAUCUUGCAUUUGGGAAAGUGGAAUGGAACAUCACUUGACAACUUGUACUUCAGCUAGUAUUAAUGUAUAGAAGCUGUUUGUAGCCAUUAUUUGCAAAUUUAGCUUGAAUUAGAGCAUUUUGGGGGACCAUUAAUUUAAUUCCUGCUAGAGUUUUUAAAUGUUUUAAGAAAUAGAAUUGGCACAAAUACAACGAUAUGGAAGAUGUAAGAGAUGGGGUCAUACUUAUCUGUGUUCCUAUGGAAACUAUUUGAAUAUUUGUUUUAUAUGGAUUUUUAUUCACUUUUCAAAUAUGCUUCUAAAGAUUGCCCCUCAGCUGCUAAGCAAGCAUUUGUGUUUUGUAU